UUGAUAGCACUUGACGCAUGUUCAGCAGAUCCAAAUGUCUCUGCUUGCUUCAGGCUUUUACUGGGGAGUAAACAAGAGCCUUCCAGGAAACGUUCUGCAGCUUGGUGAAGUCAGGCUUGAAAUGGACUUCGGGGAGCAGCUGAUGAAAUAGGUCUCUAUUGCUGAAGCUGGGGUAGAGACAAUACGGAUGUUAUUCAACAGCUACCAUCUCAUGAGUCCAAGAAAACAUUUAACAGAUGGUCCAUAGCUGUAUUCAUCCAGACAGCUUGAUUAAUAUUUCCAGAUGAUUCAACAUAUUCAGAAAUGACAGGUGAAGAAGUGACAUACGCAGACCUGAGGUUCACGACACUGGAAAAAUCCCAGGACCAGGAGCUCCAAACUGCCAGAGCGAAAGAUUCCCUUAGUCCAUCUUCCUGUUGGCGACUGGCUACAGUGACACUUGGGGUCUUCUGCCUCAGUUCAGUGGUAGCUGCAGGAGUCUUGGCUGCCAAGUUCAUCCUGGUCUGCCGUCUUGUGCGUGAAAAGGACGAAAACUUCACCCUGCAAAAGGCAAUUAUGGAAAGCCUCAACCAGCAGCUGGAACUCCUCCAGGCUCAGAAUUCGAAUUUGACAGAGACUGUAAAGCAACUUGCCAGCUCCAGAGGACAUAAAUGUAUUCCUUGUCCUGAGAACUGGCUGCAGUAUGGGGAGGACUGCUAUUACUUUUCAAAGGAAUGGAAAACUUGGAAGGAAAGCAAGGCUCAAUGCUCUGCCCUGGAGUCCAGAUUUCUCAAGAUAGAGAGCAAGGAAGAGCUGGGCUUCAUAAUGCGAUCAGCACAGUCCUACAGCUCUUACUCUUUCUGGAUUGGGCUGUCUCACAAUGGAACUGAGGGGCCCUGGCUGUGGGAGGAUGGAUCAGCUUUCUCCCCUGAUCUGUUUCAGAUCCAACGAGCCAGCUCGAGUCCUUUCCUGGACUGUGUGUGGCUUCAAGGUGCAAACAUAGGCACUGCACGGUGUGGCGAGUACAAAUUUUGCAUUUGUGAGAAAGUGGUGGAUCCUGCGGCGGUGGAGCGAGUGAGCUACUUGGACAGGGACUAGUCUGCAGGGCUGUGUCCUGGGAUGCACAGUUGUCAGGGCAAGUUCUGCCCCAGGGAGAUUUGUGAUAGGGGGUUGUGAUAGGGAAAACGUGUCUGAGCUCAGGGUAAUGUAACACCUAAGCUUAACCAGCCCUCUGCUGAUGCACAUCAGCAAGACUCCUUCUUGAGCUUCUUGAGCUUUUUCUUCACGUUCCCUCUUUGUUCUUUCAGCCCUUGCAUCCUUGUGUAACCGCUUCUACCCACUUCUCAUUAAAUGCAAAAAAAAAUAUUAAGUUUAUGAUUCCAUAACUCUGUUUUACAGCUUCAUACCCAUCUCCCAGAAACAGUAAUCAAUGUCAGCUUGUAAGAGCAACACAUUAUGUUUUCAAAAUUGGGUAUUUACAGGAUGUGAACUGCCAAUUUACAAUACAUUUCUAACUAUUUCUUUUAAUUUAACUCCCCAUCUGCCGAUAAUUAGACAAUGCAACAGAAUCAGAACCUGAACUAAAAGAAAAAUAAAAAUAUGUCUAGUUCUCCUGGUUAGAGAAAAAAGCUUUCAAAUGGGACUGGAUGCCUACGGGCUGAAAAAACAGAAGGCAAAUACACAAUGCAUCUUUAUUGAGGAAAGUCAGCAAUAUUUAAAGCCCAGGGAUGCCAGCAUAGCUGCUAGUGGAUUGUUCUGCUGCAACGGGCAUUAGUGGGGAAGGCAUUCCUCCAAGACAUAUGUCUUGAU